AUGCCCACAAGAAUGCUGUGUCUGCCAUUCAAAGGGAAAUUGAGAAACGUGUCUAUUCAUCUGCUUUCAAUCAGUCUCCAUGCUCUUUAAUUACCAGAUAAACUUCCUCAGUCACUAGUCUGUCUCAGGGUUUCCAAAGAAUUUAAACAGGGAGCAGAUAUCAAAAUACUUUGCUAAGACAGCCCCUGAGUGGAAUAUAAAAUUACAGCCUGCUCAACCAGUCACUAUCUCAGUAGAUAGAAAUUUGGUCAACCGGAUAACCAUCUCCAGGUGGACCAUUGUUGGGGGUGAGUGAGGGGUGAAGGCAGGUUAAGGUGAGAAAGGAUUUGGGUCUGUCUGUCCCUUAUUGAUGGAGGGAUACAAUUAACUCCCUGAGUUUGAUGACAAUAAUAGUGAAGUUGUAAGCGAUUGGCCUGGAGGUUUACGAGGUUCAUUUGGUGACUCUCUCCUGACACUGAAAGGUUUACGAGGCUCGUUUCGUGACUCUGUCCCGGCACUGAAAGGUUUACGAGGUUCGUUUGGUGACUCUCCCCUGACACUGAAAGAUUUACAAGGUUCGUCUGGUGACUCUCCCCGACACUGAAAGGUUUAUGAAGUUCGUUUUGUGACUCUCCCCUGACACUGAAAGAUUUACAAGGUUCAUUUGGUGACUCUCCCCUGACUCUGAAAGGUUUACGAGGCUUGUUUGGUGAUUCUCUCCUGACACUGAAAGGAGGCACAAAACAGAUGAAGCACAAAGUUGGGAGAAAGUCGAUGCAGAGCAACACGACAAUUGUGUGGCUGCGCUAGCCGUGGAUUACAAAAUAUUUUGUACCUUUUCUUUCUUUGGAAUGCUUGUCUGAAAGAUCUAUAUUUUUACAUAUUUUUACGACGCACUAAAGGAAAGUUAUGUGUUGGGAAUGGCCAGACUAGCGAUCAAGAUACAUCGCUGCUUCCACAGGAAGCCAUUACGAUUCUUCACCUUCAUUAUGGUUUACCUCAUGGCUGGAAGUCUGUUGUUCCUGCACUCAGGCUUUGUAGGAGACAGCACUGUCGCUGGGAGGGCCUCACCCCACAGAGUGGGGGCACCUCACACAGCCUUGGGUUCUCCUCGUGGCCUCCAACAUUUCUCCUUCCUGCCCUUCGGGAGGGCAAAUCAGGAGGCACCACGGAAGGAGCAGUGGCCGGCCCUGCCUCCAGCCCUGCCCAGAAGGUACGGACCGCCGUGGCUGAAACCAGUCUUGCAGGACGCCCUGGACAAGCUGAGAUCUGGGGAGCCCAUCGGAAGCUGGAGUCGAGCGUUGAAGGGGAAAAUGUCGAGGGAUCAGGAAGAGAACAGAGCAAGAUAUAUCGGUUGUUAUCUCGACAGCAACAAGCAGAGGGCAUUAAGGGGAACAGCGUUCUUUGACUACAGAAAGAUGACCAUAUUUCGUUGCCAGGACAACUGUGCUGAAAGGGGCUAUCAGUACGCGGGCCUGGAGUUCGGAGCUGAAUGUUACUGUGGACACAGGAUCCAAACCCAGAACACCACUGAGUCCGAGUGCAACAUGGAGUGUAAGGGGGAAAAGAGCAGCACGUGCGGAGGCCCAAACCGGCUGUCCGUCUACCGACUGGAGCUGACCAAUGACUCCGCCAGACGCUAUGGCAGUGCCUUGUUCCGAGGAUGUUUCAAAAGACCAGCGAACGUUUCCCUCGCCCUGCCCACCAGCACCAUCCUGCUGAACAUGUCCGUGCAUAAAUGUGUGGACCACUGCACCGAGAAGGAGUACACGCUGGCUGUGCUGGGAGGCGUAACGUGUCACUGUGGCUUCCCUACCAUGCAUUUCACACUGCAUACCCCAGAGGACGAGCACCUGUGUGCCCAGAAAUGCACCGGUGAGGAAUACGAGCACUGCGGGAAUGUGGAGUACUACGUUGUUUAUCAAACCCAAGUGCAAGAUAACCGUUGCAUGGAUCGGCGGUUUCUGCCCGUACACUCAAAACGCCUUGUGGCCUUGGCCAGCUUCCCGGGAGCGGGGAACACGUGGGGCCGACACCUGAUGGAGCUCACCACAGGCUACUACACGGGCAGCUAUUACUUUGAUGGCUCUCUCUACAACAAAGGUUUCAAGGGAGAGCGGGACCACUGGAAAAGUGGGCGGCUGAUUUGUAUAAAGACACACGAGAGUGGCAGGAAGGAAAUCGAAUCAUUCGACGCUGCAAUCCUUCUUAUCCGGAAUCCUUACAAAGCACUGAUGGCUGAAUUUAACCGCAAAUACGGAGGUCACAUUGGCUUUGCCUCCGAGGCCCACUGGAGAGGGAAAGAAUGGCCUGAGUUUGUGAAGAACUAUGCACCUUGGUGGGCAUCCCACACCCUCGACUGGUUAAAGUACGGCAAGGAAGUCCUUGUGGUCCACUAUGAAGAUCUAAAGCACGAUCUGUUCAACCAACUGAAAAAGAUGGUGUCCAUCCUGGGCCUCAGUGUCUCCGAUGACAGGCUGCUCUGUGUGGAGAGCCAAAAGGAUGGGAACUUCAAACGCUCUGGCCUCAGAAAACUGGAAUAUGAUCCCUACACUCCUGAGAUGAGGAAAAUGAUUGAUGCUUUUGUCAAGACUGUAGACGUGGCCCUCAAACUGAGAAACCUAACUGGUGUUCCUGAGGAUUACGCCCCCAGAUGAUUUUGUUGAAUUUCUUACUGACAACUGGUCCACCAGUGUGAUGUGAAACACUCCUGCUGAUCACAGUAUGAAGACUUUCUUUCUUCGAUUGCCAAUAGUGGAAGAUGUGACAAGCCAUCAGCGUUGCUGUGUAGUUUGUUAUCCUUGAACUCUGUCAUUAAUAGUGGGCUCCUGGGAAAAGCGCCCAACGUUGCAACCCGUUAGCAGUUGUCACUGGAAUUCCCUUCCUGGGAUUGAAAAUGGACACAAGUGGCUGGUGAUCUGUCACUAGUGGUAGAACUUCUUUAUUCCCCAUACUAGAAUAAGGGUCUACAUUGCAACGAGAGUGAGAACAAUGUACAUGCAUAGACAACAGAUUAAUUCAUAGUUCUAAGGGGCGGGGGGUGCCCUAGCUCUGAAACAAAAUAGAUCCAUCCAUCAUAGGGAGAAUAUACAAUCUCCUUACAGACCGCAGAGGAAUUGAACUCGGGUCACUAGUGCUGUAAUAACAUUACACUUAACUGCUGCUCUAACGUACUCUCUCUAAUCCCUUGUUUGGAUCAGAUGAAACAAGGGUAUCGAGUACCAUGGCACUCAUUUCUGCUGGUUAUUGUCCCCACUCAUUUGGAAGGAUCCCAAGACAUGAAGGAGGGCAAGGGUUAAUCCUCGCUGAAGGGACUGCAAGGUGGAAAAGAGUGGGGAGGAGCUGAUGUGGCUGCUGAUGCGAUCGCGUGGCAGCUGGUGAAAUGUUGGGUGCAGAGGUUCACGAGGUGAAAGGUGAAGACCAGGGAAACCGCUCGGUCUGAUGGGAGGUGGGGUGAGAGUAGAAAUGCAGAAACAGAGGAGAUGUGAGAGUGGACUCUGUCAACCACCACAGAAAGCAAGCCACACUUCCUGACAGAGGACGACACUUCAGAUGAUCUGGAAAGAUGACCUGAGAGCAGAUUUGGCAGAGAAUGUGAAAUUGAGAGAAAAGGAUGUUAUCCUUACAAGAGACAUGGUGUGGGAGUCAGUGUAGUUUGUCUUCUGAGUUGGAGACAGAGAGGGUGGGAAGAAGUCCAGUCUAAGAGGCUGUGAGAGUCGGUGUUAAUAGUAAUUAUCAAUGGAGAGCUUGUCUUCUGAGAUGGAGACAGAGCGUCAUAGAGUCAUAAAGCAUAAAGAUCAGGAAGAGGGAGAGAAGUGUCAGAAAUGGUCCACAAGAACUUGAGAAGUGGAAGCUAGUGGUGAAGGUGAUAAAAAUGAUGGAUUCUACACUGGUACAGAAGUCAGCCAUCAGUACAGUGAUCAAUGUAGGAAUUUGUCCAUAAUGUAAAUGUUUUUUUGGAAAUGACAUGUUAUGUUCCCACCAUUUCUUGAAAAUAUAUUGAA